GAUCGUCUACGUAGCAGUUUUAAUCGCGGCAUAUACGAGUUGACUCUAUAGAGGUGAUUGGGGUUGACAGUGUCACUGCCCUUGUUCAGGUCGGGUUAUCUUCCCGUUGAGAGGUUAUAUGUUACAUACCAGAGUUUAUUUUGUACGAUAACAGCUGAUUUAGGACAGUAUGGCAGAUAGUGAAAACGUUGAAAGUCAUGGGGAGAGGAUGCAAUUCGUGGAAGAGAAGGAAGAUGGUAUGGAUAAUGAGCACAGAUGCCAAUCACAAAAGUGCAAGAUCUCGCUAUCCAUUUUCUUCAUAGCCAUUAUCGCCAUUGCAGUUGUGCUGGGCAUUAUAUUCGGAACACGAAGAACCCCAAAUACAGACGAUGGAAAUAUGCAGCCAGAUAAGAUCAAAGAAGCAAUUUACCUCAAGUCAGAAGAAACUUACGAGCUCACAUCACCCGGCUACCCGGCAAACUACCCGGAUAUGAGCAGAGAGUAUUGGAUCAUUGUCGUUCCGGAGAAUUAUCGGGUCCGGAUAGAGUUCAUAGAUAUGCGAACUGAAUAUAAAUACGAUAUGGUCAGGAUUGGUAGUUCAAACGAAACGGAGGUCGAUUACAUCGCUUCAUUCAACGGAUAUGACCUUCCACCUGUCAUAACAUCCACAGGCAAUGCAUUGUGGGUUCAACUUUUCAGUGACAGCGUCUCAACUGAAUCUGGUUUCCAUGCAAUGGUCAAGGCUGUACAUGACAGCGAUGCCGUCUUUCGGUGCAGUGCAGGGGAGAAAUCCUGCAAAUACGUCGAGGAGUGCUACAACGAAUCUCAUUCAUGCGAUGGUAGCUAUACAUGUAUAUCAGGACAUGACGAGAUCGGCUGCGCAUGUUCGAAUCCUUUCUUCUUUAAAUGCUCUGAUGGGAGAUGUCUUGAACGCACACGCACGUGCGAUGGCAUAGUAGACUGCUCAGAUGAUGAACACAAUUGUGGUUUUGAGUGUGAUAAUGGCAUCUACUCCAUCUCUCAUGCGUUCCUAUGUGACGGGAUAAAUGAUUGCACAGACUAUACAGACGAACAAGACUGCGAAUGUACGGGAGAGAAGUGGCAGUGUCCUAAUGGACCUUGUAUCUACAGGAAUAAUGUUUGUGAUGACUAUCCUCAUUGCCCGGGAGGAGAGGACGAAGCCGACUGCUCUUGUAAGAGCUGGCAGUUUGAAUGCCCUAAUGAUGGAGUUUGUAUUCCAUACUGGCAGCGAUGUGAUGGUAACGAUACGUGUGGGGAUGGCUCAGACGAACAAGAUUGUCCAGAGUGCCCCGAUAAGUUGUACCAAUGCGACUCUUUCCAAUGUCUGGCGGUAGAAAAGGUCUGCAAUGGACAUAAAGACUGUUUCACAGGAGACGACGAAGCGGACUGCGCUAAUAAAACAAUACCGAGUUGCCCAGCUGAAGAGUUCUCUUGCGGUGGUAAAUGUUUGCGACCAAGCCUGGUGUGUGAUGGCGUCAGGCAGUGUAAAGGCGGAGCUGAUGAGGACAACUGUACUCAAGAGUCUGGCUCAGAAAUGCCAGAUACCACCAACUGCACAUCGUGUAGCAGCGGGGAGUGCAUUGGUCUGGAGGCUCGUUGCGAUGGUAACGCAGACUGUGCUAGUGGUGAGGAUGAGGAGGGAUGCAGCACCGAAGUAACACCUACAUCAUCACCAUGCCCUGAAGGAAAAGACGUAUGCACCUCAGACAUGUCGUGCAUACCCACUUCAAGAUUUUGCAACGGUAUUCGUGACUGUCCAAUGCGUGAAGAUGAGGAUUCGUGCACCGAAACCACCGAUAGCUGCUCUGAUCUGGAUGACAACUCAUAUUUCGUAUGCGACGGUAAAGAGGACUGUGCCAAUGGAGCAGAUGAACAUUGCACUUGUGGCACCAAGCCUGCAAAAGCAGCCAAGAUCUUAGGCGGAAGAUUGGCAGAUCAAAAAGGGGCGUGGCCGUGGCAGGUAUUACUAACUGAGUCCAAUUCCACACAGGGAGUUCAUUGUGGAGGUUCAAUUAUCAACAAGAAUUGGAUUAUCACUGCAGCUCACUGUAUAAACUCACAGUCCGUGGGAGUCAUAUACGUCUUGGCAGGCGUUACAGAUCGUACAGACAUUCAUCCAGACAUUCAGUAUCGAGGUAUAAGUCAGGUAGUUCAACACCCAAACGUUUCGAAGGGUGGAUUCGACGUAGCUAUGGCUCGUGUGACGGAACCUUUCACAUACAAUGCCCUGGUACAGCCGGUGUGUCUUGCUGAGGAGGAUAUCGAGCUGACACCAGGAGAAUACUUGACCGUUACCGGUUGGGGUGCUACAGGAGGCGGUUUUGAUGGGAUCCAGUUGAUGGAGGCUCGCCUACCCAUAAUUCCACCGCAUAUAUGUAAUAAGUGGAGCAAGUUCACUACCAGUGUCCUCGAAGCACGUAUAAUAUGCGCUGGUUAUGAGCGUGGACUUCAGAGUGCUUGUUACGGUGAUUCUGGGGGCCCAGCCGUGGUACAGAGGGAAGGCAAGUGGACGAUUAUUGGCACAGUGUCAGGUGGGUCAACAUGUGGCACUCCUUACACUCCGAACCUCUUCACCCGUCUUAGCUUCUACCAUGCCUGGAUACGAUCAGUCAUUCAAGAAAACUAGAGGAGUCCCUCAACGAGCUUCAUUUGAUUACUAGUCCAGAUUAUGUCCCUUGUUAUAUAUUUUUUCACUCUUCAACGAUGUCCACCUCCCUUACAUGCAUCCCGCACAGAUCCCGAUCAGAAAAUACACCCGUCGAAUGUAAGGCAAAAACGUUCUCUGUUUAAGCGUUGAGGAUGUGUUAUGUUCUAAGCCGAUUGUGAGCGCGAGACAGAAACAGUCCCGGCAGUGGACUAAUGAUUACAAGUAUACAAUGCACACUACAGAGGCGUAUCCAACCCUUGGCCUCAGAAGGGGCAAAAUAUUUCAACUUAUUGAGAUCCAUACACUUUCAGCAAGGAUUGGCCGGGUUUGCCUUGCAGAGGGGGUGGAGGGGCGGGGGCUUCGCCUAAAAUGUAUCAUUUAAAGGGAUCCGGUAACUUUGUCUUAGAUCCUUUAGAAAUAAUC